CCAUCGUUCUGGCAAAGAAAACAAGAAUGCAGACUCCCUGAGUAGAAAAUCUCAUCAUUCCCCAGAAUCCGCUCGCUUAGAGGAAGUAUUUAUUCAGUCUCCAUUCCUCAGAAUGGAAACCUCCUCACAACUUCCGGGAGAGUUAAGGUCCUCUGCACAAGCUAUCACAGAGAUGGUGUGGGUAGAAGAAUUCCAGACGACUGCAAAGAGACAGGUUCCUAUGAUGGUCACUCACAUGCCUUCACUGUCACUGGAAGAUAUGUCAAAAUUACAGAUGGAGGAUCCAUACAUUGGUAAAUUUAGAAAUUACUGGGACAAGGAUAAAAAGCCAUCUAAUCGUCAACUCCUCCGAGAACACCCUAGGACCGGGCGAUUGUUCAAGUACUGGAAGCAGAUAGUGGAGGAUAAAGAUGUCCUGUACCGACAGAUACAGACAAAUGGAACAGUAAUCAAGCAAUUCUUACUACCAGAUUGCUUGAAGACAAAGGUGUUGAAGUCGGUACAUGAUGACCAUGGACAUCAGUGUUCUUCAAGGACAUUUUCCUUGUUGCAGAGUAGGUUUAUGUGGCCAUACAUGUCAAAAGCUGUAAAGGACUACUGCACAAAAUGCUACAGGUGCAUGUUAGGAAAACAUGGGGAGGUAGUCAAGCCAACCAUUGGAUCCAUUGUUGCAAGGAAACCAAUGGAAAUCCUGGCAAUCGAUUUCACAGUCCUCGAACCAGGAAGAAACAAAGUUGAGAAUGUGCUUGUCAUGACAGAUGUGUAUACCAAGUUCACCCAAGCCAUACCCCUGAGAGACCAGACAGCAAAGAGUGUUGCACGUACAUUGGUCAAGGAAUGGUUUGUGCACUAUGGAGUUCCACUUCGGCUGCACAGCGACCAGGGUAGGAACUUCGAAAGUAGAGUCAUUCACGAGCUGUGUAACAUCUAUGGCAUCCUGAAAACUAAAACCACUCCUUACCAUCCAGAAGGAAACGCCACAUGUGAACGAUUUAACCGAACACUGCACAAUUUACUUCGAACCCUACCCUCAGAGAAGAAGAACCAUUGGCCUGAACUACUACCAGAGCUCAUGUAUGCAUACAACUCAACUCGCCAUGCGACCACUGGAUACUCACCUAACUAUUUGUUCUUUGGCAGGGAACCUAGGGUUCCAAUUGACAUGUUGAUUGGUGUAAGUGACAAAGAGCAAGAGGAAUGGACUGCAGAACACCAGAAGAAACUGCAAGAUGUUUACCGCAUGGUAUCUGAGAGAACAGAGCAUGAAGCCUUAAAGAGAAGAAAUAGAGUCAACAAAGAUGCCGAGGACAAAGAAAUCUCCAUAGGAGCAAGAGUCUUCCUACGAAACCACCCCAAAGGCCGGAACAAGAUUCAAGAUGUAUGGAGCCUGGCACCAUACAAAGUAGUGGAAAAGAAAAUGUUCAAUCAAUAUGUCAUUCAGACACUACAAGGGGAGGAAAAUAGGAAAACUGUACACAGAAAGGAGCUUCUAGACUCAAGAACAUUAGUAGAGGACAUCCACAGAGAGUCUUCUCGGGAAGACAGUGUUACAACUGAAUUACCUAAUCGGGUGGAGCUGAGCAGCGAAGAAGACGAUGAUAUUGGGAGUGAAAAUGAUUUCUAUAUCAUCGGUGAAAUUCCUGGUGUGGAAACAGUGGAAGCCGGGAACAAGGGCGGAAAAGUGCCACAGGACACAGAUACUGCAGAAUCUGUGGGUCCGGAUGAAGCUUCAGCUGUGGAAGUUCUCAGUGAAGAAGACACACCAGUGGGACCUCAAGAUGAGUCCGAGGGUACUGCUUCAUAUGAAGCAGGGGAGGAGAAGAGCACAACUUCAUCCAAAGCGGGGGAGCUAGUGGCAGAACCUUCUGAGUUGGAGACAACACUGCCACGGAGGUCAACCAGGAGCACAGCUGGAAAACACCCUAAUCCCCUUAAUUUCCCGAGAUCAGUCCUCCAACAAUAACACGACGAUGCAGUUGGAUCCAUCUGUGAUUGCCGACAUCACAAGGACCCAGUUACUUCUGGUUCAACUGCUGUCAAACUCCGUCCAGAAGUGAUGAAAGACAUCUGAGAUGAAAUUUCAGUUGACAAACAGUAUUUACCAAAACAGUAUUUCAAUUGUGGUGCAAUUUUAUUACUGUUAUAUCCAAAUAUAUUUUUCUAUGUAUAUUUUUAAAGGAACAUUAUUUUGUAUGUUAGUUUGAGAUUCACAAUGUCCUUGCAGUGUAUCAUGUUGUCAUAAGGUAUCUGGUCUUGAUACUGAUAGAUGAGUACCACAAUGUCUUUGACGAAAUACCUUUUCUCGGGACCAUCUUGUGUAUAUCAUGGUAGAAAAGAAGUUAGUUUUGUUUAGCGUCUAGUUGCCAGGAGUCAACUAGGAAGCAGGGGAGUGUAAAGUAGCUAUCAGACACGCACUUUUGCUUACAUUAUCUUCGGCAGUUUCCGACUGUGCUCGGAAAUGUUUGUAAGCAUUCCUGAUUAAGAAGUUAUUUUAUAUGUCACAUUAAUGUAACCAUAUCCUUUUAAGAUUUGUUUAUUUCCUACAAGUUCACAAAUACGUAUCUGGCCUUAGUUAAUUACUGUGGGAUAUCCCAAAAUGCUCUGCUUAUCACUCCAUCUCGCGCUCAGGCCAAUUCCAUUGUUUUAGCCAGCCAGCCGAGCACGUUGUUUCAACACAGAGCACAUUGUUUUGGACCAGCCCUAAUUAGCUAUCUUAUCAAUGAUUAUGUCCUACUAGGCCUGGAAGCCCAUUCCAGUCGUUUACAGAUGCAACAGAGGUAGUUGGGGGUAAGUCUAUAAACCUCAACGGGUACAUUGUCAUUUGUUUGUCUAUACUUUCUUCAUGUUAGUUACUUGGUAAUUAGUAAGAUUAUUUAGUAUAUAAACUGUUAUAAAGGUGUUCAGACCCACUGGAUCUGUUUUUUUACUGGAAGUAACUGUGAGUGCUAUUGGUACAUUUGACAUUGUAUGUAAAAGAUACUUUCUACCAUGCAAAUGUUUAUAUUGUACUUUUAUGCAUUGAGUUCAUUGAAAAGAACUACACUGUGUGUAUUACUAUGAUGAAAUAUAAAUGUAUGAUAACUGAUACUUUCAGCCAUAUAUGAUUAUUAUAUACAUGUGUAAUAUGCCGAUACGAUACAGCAUUAUCAUCUAUGAAAGGCCAUACAUGAUGUUACCAAGUAUAUUAAAAGUUUGUAUAUUAUUGUUUAGGUCUACCAUCUUCAGUAUUAAUAAAAUACAUGGACCCAGAGAACGACUUUGUCCAGCUU